GGUGCGGGGUCUUUGAUCGUUGCAACAUCAUGGCUGUGCACGAGAGUCUUUUGCAGUCGAUCGAGCGGGCCGAGCAACGGCUCAUUGGUGGCUUUGAACACAUUGAGGAACUGCCCAAACUGAUCGACUAUGUGAACACACCACACGCCACAGCGUGCGCCACGGCAUGCCGAGCAUGCUACAACGUGUUGAGCAGCUACGUACGUCGGUUGGAGGCCACGCGGGGCAGCCCUGCAGCGGAGAAAGCCACCAGCUUUCUGCUCGCUCAAGUUGCCGAGCUGCAAAGCAAGCUCCUCAAGCGGCUUUGGAAGAGCGACGACCCAGCACACGUGGAGCUCGUCAACACGUAUAUGCAAGCCCUCUGCUUGGUCUUGCGACUGAACACAAACAAGAAGGAAACCCAGACGCUCUUGUAUCAAGCACUCGAAGCUUUGUUUCAAAACGUGCUGGAUGGUCACGUUGAUCGCGAGGAUACGCUCAACCAUAUUGUCGAGCGCUACAUGACCCAAUAUGAUGUCCAGUUUGCGUUUCUGCGUGUCCUGCAACGAGGCUCCUUGUCCGCCCGGGGCAAGCCCAAGGCCAAGCGUGCCAAGGCCCAAACUGGGUCCGAGGCGUCAGACGCGCCGUCGGAGAACACGAUCAUGGUGACCAACAUGUACAUGGUCCUGCAUCAAUUUGAACCCUUGUCCGACGGUCAACUGCUGCUUCGUGUCAGCUUUCUCGAUGCCUUUGACGCCGAGCGUCAGGAGCUUCGCUUGCCCGAGGAGGGGGAGGACAUGGAUGAACUGAAUGGCGAUGAAGAGGGCGAAGAGUUUUCACAAGAGGCCAUUGAUGCAGCGGCUCAAAAGAUCCUGGCAUCGCUUGGUGCUAACCCUGAAGCGCCGCGAGCAGCGCCCGCAGUGGAAUAUGAUGAUGCCACACAGCAGUCUAUCAAGCAACUGAAGAAGGCGUUUACGGACGCCUGGGUGCGUUUCCUACAGUUCAAGUUGCCUAGUGAUAUCUUCCGGGAUGUACUGAGCCGGCUCGCCGACUCGGUCAUGCCCCACAUGACCAACCCCAAGCUGCUCCUCGACUUUCUGACGCAUGUGUACGACCAGGGUGGCGUCCCGGCAGCUCUGAGCCUGGAUGCGCUCUUCAUCCUGAUGUAUCAGUAUAAUCUGGACUACCCACGAUUCUAUCAUCAGCUCUACCGGCUGUUGGACGGGCCUGCCAUGUAUGCGCGUCACCGAGGAACGCUUCUGCCCCUGAUUGACAAGUUUCUGAGCUCCACGCAUUUGCCGUUGUAUAUGGCGGCCUGCUUUGCCAAGCGAUUGGCGCGAUUGGCAUUGAUGGCGCCGCCCAGUGCUGGAGCAGCGUUGGCUCAGCUUGUAUACAAUCUCAUCAAGCGCCACCCCAAGCUGCGCAUCCUGGCUCAUCGCGAUUUGCAAAGUGACGGUGAGGGGGUGCAAAUGGACGGGGAUCCGUUUGACAUGGACGCCGAGUUGUCAGCCGAGGCACACGGCACGGAGAGCAGCCUGUGGGAGCUGGAGAUGCUGCAAGAGCAUUACUUGCCUGAAAUUCAAGAUGCGAUGGCUUUGCUAAAGACGCCGGCCUAUCGCAAGCCGCCAGGCCCGGUGGACAAGAUGGCUGGCAAGACCUACACAACGACCAUCAAGGCAGCGAUGCGUCAUGCCGUUCCCGAAGACGUGGCCACGACCUUUGUGGAGCCUGAAAGCCUUGUGCCAGCGACGCUGCACGAUCUCUGGACCGCUGCCCCUCUCCAGUAGACCUCAUCGUCUUCUUCGCGCAUGUCUCUCGAUCCAACACAAGUGUCCUUUUUUUAGAACACUUUCCCAAGCUAAAAAUAACAUCC